CUUGCCUGUCAGACAGAGAUCAGGGUGAAAUUCACCCCCCUUACUUUUGACGGGCUGAGUGGAGAUGUGAAAGCAUGGCUGCAGAAGGCGAAAAGAAACCGGUGCUGGAGAUGGUCCAAGCUGAUGGGGCUGAUGAGGGCUGUGUGACGUUUGUGCUGCACGAGGAAGACCAUACGCUGGGCAACUCCCUAAGAUACAUGAUCAUGAAAAGUGUGGAUGUGAACUUUUGCGGCUACACGAUCACCCACCCCUCUGAGAGCAAGAUCAACUUUCGGAUACAGACACGAGGGGGCGUUGCAGCCACAGAGCCUCUGCGGAGAGGUCUGAAUGAGCUCAAUGAUGUUUGUCAGCAUGUUCUCAACACCUUCCAGGGGAGAGUUAAUGAGUUCAAAGAGAGGGAGGAGCCACCGAUGGAAUGAAGAGGAUCGCGUAUGUGCGACUGUGGAACUCUACCGAUCUGUAAAAAAAAAUGACUUACUUUGAUAUUUCCCCUUUUAUGUUUUGUUUACUAGCUAGAGGAGGGUAUGACACGUUCUUCCACCUAUUGAACUAGUUCACAGGUCACAUUCAAACAGUUGUACAGUUUUCUUUUUUAAUCCGCUCAAAUGAUUUCGAUGUAUAAUAAAUGUGUGUUCUUGUGUUUAUCUUA